AACCCCACAAAACUUUAGGACUAUACUUUAUUUUAAAGCUUUAACUGUCAAAUCACAUGGAUGAUUUAUAUAUUCAAAAAUAAAUUUAAAUUUUAAAAUAAUUCCUAAAAUUUAAGGUAACUGAAACAAAUCUAACCAUAUAUCAAAUUAAUAACAUAACCACACAUAAAAAAGCAUUAUUUCAAUUAAUUUUAGAACACGUAGUUGUACACAGUGGGGUAUAUUUUAAGGACAAAGAGAAUGGCAAGAAAAUCUCAAGCUUUAUUUGUCAGGUUUACUAUUAAUGGUAAUGCCAUUAUUAGUUUGAAAUUACUUAAUGCAUAUUACAACAUAAAUAAUUAUCUUUAUGUUGUUAGAAGCCAGGAUGUUCAGUAGGAAUGUAAAAUCAAGUACAGGGACUUCCCUGGUGGCACAGUGUUUAAAAAUCCACCUCAAUGCAGGGGACACGGGGUUGAGCCCUGGUUCGGGAAUAUCCCACAUGCCAUGGAGCAACUAAGCCCGUGCACCACAACUACUGAGCCUGAGCUCUAGAGCCCACAAGCCACAACUACUGAGCCCACGUGCCACAACUACUGAAACCCGCGUGUGUAGAGCCUGUGUUCCAGAACAAGAGAAGUCACCGCAGUGAGAACCCAUGCACUGCAAUGAAGAGUAGCCCCCUCUCGCUGCAACUAGAGAAAGCCCGGGCAAAGCAAUGAAGACCCAAUGCAACCAUAAAUAAAUAAAUAAAAUAAAUUUCUAAAAAAAAAAAAAAGAAAAAAAUUUUAUAAAAGAAAAACAUAAUAAAUCAAGUACAUUAAGUAUAUAAUUGGAAGUUGAAUUGAAAUACCUCUAUAAACAUAUGACUUCUAAUUUUUUGUAUGGGAAUAAUUUCAAACAAAGAAAAGUUGCAAGAAUAGUACAAAGGAAAUCGUUCUACCUCUUUCCUAGAUUCAUUUAUUAUUAAUAUUUUGCCUCAUUUGCUUUGUCAUUGGCUCUGUUUAUCUACACACACAUAAUUAUUUUUCUGAAACAGAUGCAUAAAUCAUGGUUAAGUGUGUAUUUUUAAGAAUAAUAAUAUUUUCUUUCACACAGUUAUCAACUGCAGUAAACUUAACAUUGAUUCAAUACUUCUAUCUAAUCUACCAUCCAUAUUCUAAGUUGGUCACUUAACCCAAUAUUGUCCUUUAUAGAAGUCUUUUUCCUCCAGUUUAGGAUCCAGUCUAGGAUUAGGAGUUACAGUUAGCUGUUACAUCUCUUUGGUUUCCUUUAGUCUGGAACUUUUUCCCAGUUUUUGUCUUGUAUAACAUCGACAUUUGGGGGAAGAAUUUUAAAAAUAGAAUAUUCUUCCUUUUGAGUCUGUCUGAUGUUUGCUGCAAUUAGAUUGAGGUUGUGCAUUCCUAGCUGGAAUACCAUGUAAGUGACUUUGUGUCCUUCCCAGAGUAUCACACUGGUGAUGUUAAUUUUGAUCAUUUGCUAAGGGUGUGUCUGAUUUAUCUACUGUAUCAUCAUCAUUAUCUCAUGAUUUUUUCAAAAAUCAUAUACCCUAGGUCUGUCCACUGACAGGGUCUAGUCCAUAAUACUACAGGGGCAAUAAACACCCCUACUUCCCAAAUUUAUGUUUCUAAAUGCCAUUCCCCACUGUAAGGUACCAGGGAUUAUUGGAGAAAUGGCUGCUCCCAGGUAUAGAGUAGGGAACUUCCAAGAUGAGCAAGGGGUAUCUUACACUGCCACAAAUUCUGGCAAGGAAGUUCUCAAAAUCUAAGCAAGUCUGGGUCUUCCCUGGUGGUGCAGUGGUUAAGACUCCACGCUCCCAGUGCAGGGGGCCUGGGUUUGAUCCCUGGCCAGGUAACUAGAUCCCACAUGCAUGCUGCAACUAAGAGUUCACAUGCCACAACUAAAGAGCCGGCAAGCCACAACAAAGAAGCCCUCCUGCUGCAACUAAGGAGCCCAUGUGCUGCAACUAAGACCCGGCACAACCAAAAAAUAAAAAUAAAAAAAUCUAAGUAAGUCAUGUCAAAAGACUCUGGAGCCAGCUUGGAGGGGAUCUCAUUGGACAAAGCUAGGAUAAUUUAAGCAUCAAAAAGAAAAAAUAACCAUAAUUUUGGUUGGUACUCAUUGAAUAUAUAAAAAUCCAUGAAUCCAUAAUAACACUCCUCAUACCAUUCAUAGGACAAGGCAUGCUGGGCUUUUAGGCUCCAAUGUGGUUUUUUUUUUUGUCUGUUUGUUUUUUGCGGUACACGGGCCUCUCACUGUUGUGGCCUCUCCCGUUGCAGAGCACAGGCUCCAGACGCGCAGGGUCAGCGGCCAUGGCUCACGGGCCCAGAUGCUCCGUGGCACGUGGGAUCUUCCCGGACCGGGGCACGAACCCAUGUCCCCUGAAUCGGCAGACGGACUCUCAACCACUGCGCCACCAGGGAAGCCCUCCAAUGUGGUUAUGUGCCCAUCUGAACAGUUUAGUAUGUUCUGCUUCACCUUUUGGAACUCAACUUUGAAGAUCCAGCUCAGGUGGCAGAACCUCUUUGCAAUUCAUUGUUUCUCCAUAUUUCAACAGAGCUCAUUGUACACGCCUCUUUAAAUGCACAUAUCAAAAUGUAAUGGAGGGCUUCCCUGGUGGCGCAGUGGUUGAGAGUCCGCCUGCCGAUUCAGGGGACACGGGUUCGUGCCCCGGUCUGGGAAGAUCCCACAUGCCGCGGAGCGGCUGGGCCCGUGAGCCAUGGCUGUUGAGCCUGCGCGUCCGGAGCCUGUGCUCCGCAACGGGAGAGACCACUGAAAAAAAAAAAAAAAAAAAAAAAGUACUGGAAUUGCAAUACAGGAUGUUUCUGACUUUUAUUUAUUUUGUUAUUCCCAGUGCCUAACACAUACUAAUAGACAGUUUUAUAUAUUUUUAUAUUAUGGGUUGUAAAUGAAUGAAUCAAUUUCAAUACUAUCCCCUGUUUUUUCUUCAUGACACAAUACAGAUUUGUCUUUAUUUUGGAAAAUAAGUGAAUGCAGUUAAAUAUCUGGCUAUUUUAGCCAACAUGCCAAAUUUGUAUCAUGAUAGAUUUUUUAGAAGAUUUUCCCCACGUAUCAGCUUUAGCUUAUUGCUAAAUCUUAUUUAUUGCUUUAGCACUCAGUAGACUAGAAAUAUGUCCCAUAAUAUUUUCCUGAUUCUUAUUCUUAAACAAUAGCUUCCUACGGUAUUUUUAUUUAUCCCAGUCUGUUUUCUCCCCCUCCAGACUUGUCUGCACACAUAAAUCUAUUGAUAAUGUAGGAUGGGAAGUGUUAAAGUCAAAUAAUUGAUUAAAAAAAAACUUGUUAGUGACUGGUGGCUUGACUUAGUUGUAAUCUUUUUUUUUUUAAGUAGUUGAAACAGAUUUUUGGUACACUUUCUGUCACGCAGCCCUGGUAACCUAUGUAGCGUGUUUUCCAGCAAGUUGCCUGUAUUAAACUUCCUCAUUCAGUCUCCCACUAUGUGUGGAAUCUUUCAUGCACGUGUGCAUAUAUUCAUCCUUAGGUUUUUGUGGACUUUUGAGCAUUAACAAUUUAGUUGGCAGUUGACAUAAACCGUCUGGCAAAGACAUGUGCAAACCUACUAAAAUACUUCAGGAAAGCCCUCUCUCAUACACAGUGAAUUUAGGCCACAGGUAAGUCAGCGUGAAUAGGUGCGGCCAGCGCAGCCGCUUAAUACGGGUCUGUGUUUGGGAGGAAUCUCCCCGGCUCCCUCUUGGAGCAGGACUGUGGUGCUGAGGCAAGAACUAAAAAACGUGAGGGCGGGCAGCCUCAGCUAGGGAGAGCUGUGGGGCGAGGUAGAAAGGGCCGGUCGCUGGCCGCGGUGCUGAACUCGCUCCCGGGCUGCCCCCAGGGUGGCCCGCGGGAAGAGGCCCGGCGUGUUGGUGAGUGAGUUAGCGGGUAACCGCCAGUCUCGCACCUUCGGUUGUCGAUUCCUGGCUCCGGGCAGGGGACGCACAGGCCGUGUCCAGGAGAGUCACCUUGCGAGCGUAGGGGCAGCCUCCGACCCAUUCCUCAAGAGCAACCCUAGUAACAGCAACGCCGCCUAUAUUUAUUUCUGGAGCUCCAACUCUGUCCCCAGCAUUUGGCAUCCAUUCCCAGUGGUCAUCACAACAUCCUCGAAAUUUAAAACAAAAAGGUUGAUGCCUUGCCCAAGUGAACACAGCUACCCAAAGGCUGAUCUCUCGUCCAUGCCUCAGAAAAUGUUUACUGUGCGCCCUCGACGUGCCAGCCUUACAGCCUCUGCCGCUCCCCGUUUGACAGCUACCCCCCACGCCCUGCCACGCUAACAUGCCCCUUAGCCCCUCCUCUUCCCCCGAGGUUUGCAGCAGGCAAAAGUUAUCUCCUACACAGCAUAUCCCCUACCACCGCCGAGUUGGGGAACUGUACAAAGGGCUGGAAAUCCGAACACAAUUUAUUCACACAUCUUGCCCCUUCGCUCUCAGUAGUCCACCGGGUGGGAUAGCCAAGUCUAGCUCUUGAGCCCCCAGCUCGCAGUGUGACCUUGGACAAGUGGCCACACCUCUCUGAACCUGCUUCUCCUCGCUAACACGGCGAUAGGUUCUAGGACUGCGUGAGGCUCUUCCCAGGUGCGCACUGGUCUCCUUUCAGGUCGGAACACUCCCUACCUCCCUUUUCCAAGCCCGGUUGUGCACGCUUACUUCUCCCCACCAGGUCCGUAGCCAACUCUAUCCCUUGUUGAGGAAGAACUCACGUCCCGGGAACUGAAGGUGUUCUCCCCACCGUGCCCGGCCCCAACCCCGGGUGUAAUCUGCCCUUCUGGGCCACCCUAGCCAGGCAGCACCCAAGGCUAGGGAGAGGCCCCUCGCGCUCCAGCUUCGCAGUGCCGGGUCUCCUCUGUGCCCACGCGCCGGGACGCUUUGGGAAGUGCGAGAUGCAUCUGGAGACAGAACGCAAAGGCGAGGCAGGGCUGGCGGAGCUUCCUCGGUGACUGGUACUUGUGUGGAGGCCGGCCAAAGGCUGGGUUGGGAGAGAAGGACUUUGGGGGAGAGGACGGGGAAAAGGGGAGGUGCCAGGAAGAGCGGUGGGUCACUCGGUCCAUCUCUCCACCAGUGUGUGUGUGUGUGUGUGCGUGCGUGCGUGUGUGUGUGUGUGUGUUUGUCUUCCCGCCUCCCUCUCUUCCCCCCCUCCCCGCCCCAGGCUCUCAGUCUCACCUUUUCCCUCGGCUGCUCCCUCUCCCCUCUCUUUCCUCUCCAAGCAUCCUCCCUGAGAGCCUGCGCCCGUUCCUCCCUCGCACUCUCUUGCGCCUAAGGAGACCUUUUCCGGGACCAGCGCCCGAUCCAGCCUCUCAGUGCAGCCGCAUCCCAAAGCCAGUUUAAGCAGGGCCGGCAGCAUGUGGAACGCGACGCCGAGCGAGGAGCCGGGGCCCAACCUCACGCUGCCGGACCUGGGCUGGGACGCUGCGCCUGACAACGACUCGCUGGUCGACGAGCUGCUGCCGCUCUUCCCCGCGCCGCUGCUGGCGGGCGUCACAGCCACCUGCGUGGCGCUCUUCGUGGUGGGCAUCGCGGGCAACCUGCUCACCAUGCUGGUGGUGUCGCGCUUCCGCGAGCUGCGUACCACCACCAACCUCUACCUGUCCAGCAUGGCCUUCUCCGACCUACUCAUCUUCCUCUGCAUGCCCCUCGACCUCGUCCGCCUCUGGCAUUACCGGCCCUGGAACUUGGGUGACCUGCUCUGCAAACUCUUCCAGUUCGUCAGCGAGAGCUGCACCUACGCCACGGUGCUCACCAUCACCGCGCUGAGCGUCGAACGCUACUUCGCCAUCUGCUUCCCGCUGCGGGCCAAGGUGGUGGUCACCAAGGGCCGGGUGAAGCUGGUCAUCCUGGUCAUCUGGGCCGUGGCCUUCUGCAGCGCCGGGCCGAUCUUCGUGCUGGUCGGGGUGGAGCAUGAGAACGGCACCGACCCUCGGGACACCAACGAGUGCCGCGCCACGGAGUUCGCGGUGCGCUCGGGACUGCUCACCGUCAUGGUGUGGGUGUCCAGCGUCUUCUUCUUCCUCCCUGUUUUCUGCCUCACUGUGCUCUACAGCCUCAUCGGCAGGAAGCUGUGGAGGAGGAGACGCGGCGAGGCAGCGGUGGGCGCCUCGCUCAGGGACCAGAACCACAAACAAACCGUGAAGAUGCUGGCUGUAGUGGUUUUUGCUUUCAUCCUCUGCUGGCUGCCCUUCCAUGUAGGGCGAUAUUUAUUUUCCAAAUCCUUCGAGCCUGGCUCCUUGGAGAUUGCUCAGAUCAGCCAAUACUGCAACCUCGUCUCCUUCGUCCUCUUCUACCUCAGCGCCGCCAUCAACCCCAUUCUGUACAACAUCAUGUCCAAGAAGUACCGGGUGGCAGUGUUCAAACUUCUGGGAUUUGAACCCUUCUCCCAGAGGAAGCUCUCCACUCUGAAGGAUGAAAGUUCUAGGGUCUGGACAGAAUCUAGUAUUAAUACAUGACCAAGCACAUUGUUCAGCAAAGUCAUUGCUUAUUAUUCUAAACUGGAAGCCAUAGCACAGCAGAACUUGGGAGGAAGUUGAAGGUUAAUUUUGGAAUUAGGGACACAUAGGUCUGGAAACAAUUGGGGGGGGAAGAAAAGACAGAAUUUGUAAUGUGUGAGCAGUUUGAUUUGAUUGCACACUCAUCAGUGCUCUCAUACACGAUUUCUGCAUAUUCACUGCCUAUGAUUUUUGCAUUCUGCUGUUGGUGCUAGCAAGGGCUCUGCAAUUCAGAGAAGGGAGGUGGUGUAGAGAGGGCAAUUAGGUCACUUCUUACUAGACAAAUUCUAACUCUGAUUUCUUUUUCAUAAUGAUAAAAAUUUUUUGAUUAAAAGAAUGACAUUAAAAUAAAAAAUUUAAAACAUGACUUUCAAAAAAUAGCAAUUUUCAUAGAGCACCAGAUCAGUGCUGUCCAGGAGAAAUAUAGUACAAGGUACUUAAGUAAUUAAUAUAAAAAUUAUUAAUGAGAAUUUUACAUUCUUUUUUUAUACAAAGUCUUUGAAAUCUGGUUUGUCUCAGAUUUUUCAGCUCAUCUUAAUUUGGACAUGGAGCGUUCAUCAGUAAUACUUGAUUUAUUGCGAGUUCAUAAAUUUUGCAGAAGAAAAAGUAGAUUCAUUAACCUAAGCUGUCCAAACACACUUAAAAGUUUUCUAAUAAAUAAAACAACUGUGAGUUCUUAACUUCAAAAUUAAUUGAAAUUAAAAAUUCACUUCUUCAAGUUGUACUAGUCGCAUUUCAAGUGUUCAGUAGCCAACUGUAGCUAGUGGUUACCAUACUGGACAAUGCAGCUCUAGAGUAUAUGUAAAAUUAUUGUUAAUCUUACAAAAAAUAUUUAAAAAUAAAUACUCAUUCCCUGAAAUCUUUUUAUAGUGACAUUAGCAGAGCAGAGUGUUAGAGUGAUAAAUUCUAAAAAUUACACCUAAAUGCCCUAUAAUUUCUGCUUGGAAGAAAAUGGAUAUUAACUAUAAUAUGUAUGCAUUUUUAAUUAGGUUGGAGUACAUGUGUUAAUAAUAUUCAGGAAAUAAGGCUAUAAAAAUUAUAGAAAAUCACAAAUUACCUUAUUUGGCUUAUCAAAAAUACUUAAGCCAAUCAUAAGUCUUUGAUUUGCAAAUAAAGAAAUAAUUUAUAACUUAUCCUGAAAGGUUUACAGAAACUUAGUGAACAUAGUAAUUUUUCAAAUGGUGAAAAAUUCAGAAUCCCUUCAAUGCUACUGUUUGUUGACAUUCAAAACUUUAAAAAAUCUUACAGCCAUUUUUUCAAAAUGCCUAUGCCACGUCCCAUCUCCAAAUUAGUCAUGCUGUUUACACCCCACUGCUUAUCUGAUAGAUAUGUUUACUUAGAUUUCCAGUCUGCCUUGUAAUCAUAAUUAUGAAUGAUUAGACACCUUCAACUAAAUAUUGUACAUUUUGGUUAUAAAUCUAAAACUUUCAUUUAUAUUCACAUUACUCCUUUAUAGUCAACUCUUCACAUAUUAAAUAUAAUCAAAAAUGAUUUUUUUGUACUUCCCUGUAAUAGUAAGUCAUAUAAGCAAUUCCUUCAUGAAAUUAUUGGUCCACCUAUGGAAUCGAUUGAACUAAUUAGGGAAAUUAUUGCCAUGAUUGAUUUUCCCCUGCCGAAAGUAAAGAUUAUUAUGCAGAAAUAAUUGAUUGACUCUUCAUUUUUAAAAAAUGAAAACAUAAUCAUAAUUAGAAUAAUUUCUCCAGAGAAAUACUUCUAAAAUCCUUCCUGACAAUAAAACUGUAGUAUCAAUUUAGUCUAAAUGCAGAACUUCAGGAAACUGAUUAUUCAGUUAAUUCUUGGGGGUGCAUAAAUAUUCUUUUAAAAAUACUGAUUCAUUUAAGCCCAUUGAAUACUAAUUAGGUCAUUCAGCCUUAUUGUCCUAAAUAGGGGGGCCCAGUAAAUCUCAAAGAGGUAAUUCAAUUUCCUGAAACCUUAGAGUUUUUGUCUACAAAUACAUCCUACUUGAGAGGAAACAAGCAAAAAAAGGCUUGACUUCUAUCACAUAGUUGAUUGCUUUGGAGAAAAACAAACCUAACUUUUAAUUAUUUAAUGCCCUCACCCACCGAUUUCUUGUGGGUUCAUGUCUACGGUCUCAGUAUAACUCACUCAAAGGGAAUAGUUUCCAUAGCACGGACCACCAUUGUCCUUCACUGGAUCUCAGAGAAUAGGUUUAGAGAAAGUGAUCUUUAACUGCACUCUUAUACGAUUGCCUUUUUAUUGUUUGUAACUUCUUCAUUUCAUCCUGCUCCAUAAAUUGUAUAAAGCUCAGGGAAAAGAAGAACUUAUAUGAAGAAAAAUAUUCCUAAAAGUCUAUCAUGUCACAUUUAGUAUGUGCCUGUUAUGUUCUAAGCUCUAGAGAUUCAUAAGCCAAGGAUUUUAUCCUUAAUGAGUUCAUGACCACUUGCAUGUUAUGUCAUAGUAUAUGCACUGUAGUAUAUGUAUAUGUCAUAGUACUAAUAUCUUUAAAUUAUAAAGUAAACAUCUCCAGGUGACACUGUGUGGUGCAUCUCCCUGUAUUGUUGUGUAUUUGACUCAAAAUAAAUUCAAAAUGGGCUGUUCUUACACAAACCAAAUUUGUAGAUGUAGCUAAUAUGUCUGCCAGUGCAUUCUUCAUCAAUGUAAGAAAAGUAAAGAAAUUAGUUUCAGUUAUAAUCUGUGUUUCCAUUUUUCUGGUUACCUGGAAGUGAGGUUUCUAUCACCACAUCUCACACUGUGUCACAAAAUCAAGGGUUGGAUUAUUUUCGUUAUAGGAAGAGACUGUUGUAUGAGAAAGAACUUUCGAAUAAUUGCUUUUAGGAAAACAUCCAUUGCCGUGAAUUAUUUAAAAUUGUAAGUUUUGUGGCAAUGAGAAUAAGAAACACUUCUAAUGUCUGGACAGACCUUGGAACCCAUUUCUUUAUAAUCAACUUUUUAUUGCAAUGAAGGUUGCUGUGAUGGGAUUUGACUUGAAUUUCCAGCUUUUUUGCUCUAAUGCUUUUAUUAAGAACCUGAAAUCAUUACAAUUUACAAUCGCUAGUUCAACGUUGACAAUUUUCGCUAUAAUUUAUUUUGCUGUUUUUCAUUUAUUGAUGUACUUGAAUUUAACGUUUAAAAAAAAACUGUGAGACUUUUUGCAAGACUGGUGCCUGAAAAUACUCCCAUCUUUUAAAAAAGUGUGCACAUCUUUAAAAUGUGACAUACAUGUAUACAUAUAUCAAAAUUUCUUGUCACAGUGUCUAAGUGAAUAGAAUAAAGCAUUCUGCUUUCAGAAACACUGUAUUUAGUGUAAAUAAUUCCAUUAAAAGAUAAAGACACUGUCAUUCAUGAUACAUUAUCUAAUGAUCCUCCUAUGAUUUCUUUACAAUUUAAAUUACAACACUAUCCAGGAUAUUUACGAUUGGAACUUAACUAGAUGAUUAGUGACCGAUGUUAAUUUGAUAAAUUGAUAACACAAAUAUUUUUUAUCCAGAGAGUAAACUCCAUGUCAAAACCAACAGAAAGAAAUGUGCUGGUGGCAAACGCUAACUGCUCUAAGUUCAUGUCACUUAUUUAUUCAGGUUAAGUGAAUUCAGUCAUGUUAAUUCUUGACAAUAAUCUGUUUGAAGGAGGUGAUGUGGAAGGUUUGGAUGAGGCUUGUUUUGUGUUUUUCCUUCUGAAUGCAAACUCUUGCAGGGUGUUGGAGGUUAGCCAUUUUGUUGAGAGAAUGAUCAUCCUUUUAAAAAAAAAAAAAAAGCUGCCAUGCCUAUGUGCCCCCCAAUUGCCUGGAUAUUUGCUGGAAUUCCGAUUAAUAACUUAUGCUGUGACACAUAUCCUCAAAGGACUACCGACUACCCUCAGAACUGGCAAACCAUUAAGGCCCGCAAAAAGCAUGCCUCAUGUAAACACUCAGAAAAUUCUACCAAAAUGUUUACAGAUAUUCUUUCCAGGAGAGCUAUUCUGCCUCCCAGCCCCAGAGAAAGUGUUUGGGAAGAAUAGUUGGAAAGAGUUUCUGUGAUUUAAACAUCUCAAAUCUAAACAUUUCUCUGGCUCAAGUAACAAAAACAUUUAUACUUUUCACUUGUAGCUCUAUAGAUUCAGGAUACUAAGGAGUCCUUGCUCGUAUAGCUGUAUUCAAACCGCAUAAUCUCCUGGUUCACUGAUACCUGCUGUAUUCUAGGUCUGUGCAGAAUUUACAACUUGGUCAAUCUAUGUUGUUUCAAUAUGUUCUAAAUGUCAUUAAUGAUACUUCGUUUUCGUGAUUCUUUUUAUUUAAGGUUUUUGUGAAUGUUAAAGAGUUUACUAUAGCUCUCCAUGUACCUGUCUUAUGAAAUUAGGCGUUGGUUGUCCUUCCUUCGGGUGUCCUUAACCAAACAAUUGCUUAA